UGUGGUUGGCUGGGGCUGGCCGGUAGCGGAAGCCAGCGUUCGCCACUCAAAGCUCUUCCAGCUGGUCACUCCAGCCUCCUGGGACUUUGCCUCGCCUGACCGCCGAGCUCGUGGCCAGGGGUGUCUGGGGAUGCCGCUCGGCCGCUUUCUGCGUGGCGCUUAACCGGCCCUGCUGCCGCCCGGAUGGGACCGCCGGGGUGCGCUAAAGUCUCCAGUGAAUAUUGAAUUGCUGAGAAAUUUGGGGAGAGACCGGCUGAAGUUCCCAUUCCAUGGAUCCCUUGGGUGCACCUUCCCAGUUUGUGGAUGUGGACACACUACCAAGCUGGGGCGACUCAUGUGAAGAUGAAUUAAAUACUUGCGAUACUGCAGCUGAAACACUGCAGGAAGAUACUGUUAGAUCACCUUUUCCUUAUAAUAAGGACAUCAGUGCGAAAGUGAUUCUUUGGAAAGGAGAUGUGGCAUUACUGAACUGCACAGCCAUUGUGAAUACCAGCAAUGAAAGUCUUACAGAUAAGAACCCUGUGUCAGAGAGUAUCUUCAUGCUCGCAGGACCUGAUUUGAAGGAGGACCUCCAGAAACUUAAGGGUUGCCGGACAGGCGAAGCGAAACUGACGAAAGGGUUUAAUCUAGCUGCCCGGUUCAUCAUUCACACAGUGGGACCCAAAUACAAGAGCCGCUACCGCACAGCUGCCGAGAGCUCCCUGUACAGCUGCUACAGAAACGUGCUCCAGCUGGCCAAAGAGCAGUCAGUGUCUUCCGUGGGGUUCUGUGUCAUCAAUUCUGCAAAACGAGGUUACCCUUUAGAGGACGCAACACACAUAGCGCUUCGCACUGUAAGGAGAUUCCUAGAGAUUCAUGGGGAGUCCAUUGAAAAAGUAGUAUUUGCUGUCUCUGAACUUGAAGAGGCUACUUACCAAAAGCUGCUACCUCUGUACUUCCCAAGGUCAUUAAAGGAGGAGCGUCGGUCGCUGCCCUAUCUACCUGCAGAUAUUGGAAAUGCGGAAGGGGAGCCUGUGGUGCCUGAACGACAGAUCAGAAUAAGUGAGAAACCCGGUGCCCCGGAGGACAGCCACGAGGAGGAGGCCGAAGGCUUGGGAGUCGACCUCUCUUUCAUCGGCUCUCAUGCUUUUGCUCGCAUGGAAGGAGACAUUGAUAAGCAGAGAAGACUGAUCCUUCAGGGCCAGUUAUCAGAGGCAGCCCUGCAGAAGCAGCACCAGCGGAAUUAUAAUCGCUGGUUAUGUCAAGCAAGAUCUGAGGAUCUAUCAGAUAUUGCUUCUCUAAAAGCCUUAUACCAAACAGGUGUUGAUAACUGUGGGCGCACAGUGAUGGUGGUAGUUGGAAGAAACAUUCCUGUCACAUUAAUAGAUAUGGACAAGGCUCUCUUAUAUUUCAUCCAUGUAAUGGAUCACAUUGCUGUGAAGGAAUAUGUGUUAGUGUAUUUUCACACACUGACCAGCGAAUACAAUCACCUGGACUCUGACUUCCUGAAGAAACUCUACGAUGUUGUUGAUGUCAAAUACAAGAGGAAUUUGAAGGCUGUUUAUUUCGUUCAUCCGACAUUUCGUUCAAAGGUAUCAACAUGGUUUUUUACCACCUUCUCUGUCUCAGGACUGAAGGACAAAAUCCACCACGUGGACAGCCUCCACCAGCUGUUUGCUGCCAUAUCACCAGAGCAAAUUGACUUUCCUCCUUUUGUCCUUGAAUAUGAUGCCCGGGAGAAUGGGCCUUACUAUACAUCUUAUCCCCCAUCACCAGAUUUGUGACCUGCCAUCUUUCAGUGCUGCUGGUUUCCAGGGACGUCACUUUCUCCACGAACCGCUACCUACUGAAGUGAUAUUCAUUUUUGCUGUUCAGAUCCAGAGAGCCUUUUGUCCCCACCUCUCUGGUAUUUUUUUAUUGACUGUAUAUUUUCUGGCACAUAAGCAAUCUGAAAAUGGUAGGCCAUUCCGAACUGCACACUUAUUUUAAAUUUGUAUAUUUGUAUCAAACGAAAAUGUUCAUUCUUAGAGGGUUGUUCACAAAAACUGGGGAGCAACUUUUGAGUAUUUUCCUGAAAGGACACUAGAUCCACCGUUAGACAAGCCACCAGUGUUGUUCAUGCCAUCUCUUCAACAUUGCACGCCUCCUUCAUGUACUUCACUGUCUCUCAAAAUAUACAGAACCAGUGUGUGCUGACCACAUAUGCAUUGUUUGCUUCAGGUCCUGGCAUUACAUUUUAUGCAGAUAAUUUGGUUAUGAUAAAAGAGAAUUGUCUGGGAUCAAGGAUGUGGAAAUGUGUCGGAUCAAAAUAUCAAAAUCAUUGGCAAAAUAUGGGUCUUCGAAUCUGACCACACCAGUAGAGAUGAAGAUGGGAGGACUAGGGGUCCUCAGAUGUAUGAUUUGUUAAGACGGCCACUCUUCUGGUCUCACAGUGGGGGACAGUAAGACUGUCUCUUCCGCCUUUUUCCUAUAAUCAUGGGUGAUUUGGUUGCCUUAUUUUUAAGGACUGCACUUAUUAGUACUCUCAAGUAAAGGUAUCUCCUAGACUCUGUCAGUGACCCUAUAGAGAGUGUGGUCUUCCCAGAGGUGUGGUUUUGUUUGGCUCUUAAGGCUACUCCCUCUAAGGACAUUUCCUCACAGCGUCUCUUGAGUUGCCUAUAUCAGUAUGGAGGAAGUUUGUCCCAGUGAAUGGAAUUCCAGAUCGCAUUUGACACUCAGGCUCUAUUUGUGCCUUAGCUUGCUUAUGAAUAAGAACCGGAGUUAUGAUACCUACCUCACAGAGGUAUCCUGAGAGCAUUGAGAAAGGGCUUUUGAUGUCUUUGGAUGCAAGAUGCUAGCGGAGCUUAUGGAGGGUGUCAUUUGGGCCAGUCUCUAAAUGAUCAUAGAUAUGCUUGAGGGUACUACCAGGCGCUCCUCUUGUCCUUGGCACCUUUUGAGUCAUUUUUCUUUUCUUGGGACAAGAGCUGCGAGUGAAAAAUCCCAACCCUGAGGACCUCCUUCCUACUGUGUCCAGAAUUUCUUCUGGGCUACUCCUCCCCCAAUACUACACUUUAACAAGAGGCAUCUGUUAGCCAUUUUAAACAUUUCUUCUUGAAUUAAGGUCAAACCAGUGUCAUUUCCAUCUGGGUGUCUUCAUAUUCCUUUUGAUUCCUACACCACCGCACACCACCCCCCGUCCAUCCUUUACAUUGGCAGUUCAGAGACAAAAAGCUAGAACUCCUCUGUUCUAAUGUGUUCAGGAUCAGUGCUUCCAAAGGUCCCAUUCCCAUUCCUCUGUGCCCCAAAUUAAUUGUUUAGUGGAGAUAAAGGAAACCUCCUUCUUUUAUGACAGAGAAAUUCCCCUGUGGUUGUAUAUUAGCCCAUACAAACAACAGGGGGCUUUACGUUUCUUCGAUAAAUGCUCUUAUCUUUUGCACAUAGUGGACACAUUUGCUUUGUGUCAGAAAUCAAAACCACUUGGCUUAUUUGGUAGAAGUUUUUCCUAUUAUGUUCCCUAGGUCAUCAUAUCCAGACAGCUAGUCAGUUGUCUGAUAUUAAGCCUCCUCUCAAGCAGCACUACUUUAAAUCCCUUAAGCUUUGAGCUUAAAAAAUUUGAAAAACUAUCUUCAUCUUCUCCAGUCUAUUAUUAGAUCAGAGUUGGGGUAUCUUUUCAUUGGGAGAGGUCAUUAAAAAUAUGCCACCUUUUCUUUUUUGAAAGUGGACUUGGCUACCUCAGAUUGGCAUCUGGCCCAGAUCAUUUCCUCUGUAGAUAAUAGAGGCCACAAACUACUUUGCCAUUUGAAAGGAAUUCAGUUGAUGUGUACAGUUUCUUAUAGGCAAUAAUUUUGAAAGAAUGUCCCUUUACUAUAUUCAUAUGAGUAUAUUAAUGACUAGUAACACAAGCAAGAUUCUACAUAUAGUGAGAUUCUGGUUCAGUUGAUGUCCCAGUGUAUAAAGGUAGUAUGGAAGGAUACACCUAUUAGCCCCAUUUCAUAAUUUAAUGGAGUCUAAAGAUAAGGGCUGUACUUGUCAGUAAAACUAAAUUUGGUAUGGGACCAAGCUCAUGCUUUUAUAGCUGCAUAGAGUGUUACAUAAUGAAGUUGUUUCAAUGCAUUAAGUCCUAUGAGGGGAACACAGUGAUCUUACAGGGAAAUGAUCAUGUAAAGUUCAGUAUGUAUCCACCAUUGUCAAAAGGUUGUGUUGCCUGGAUAACAUGCCAUUUCCAGGGACACAUUAGAGGAUAAAAGGGUGACUGGGUGGAGAUGAGCACUAGCAUCUGAUGUUAAUUCAAAGCCCCACCAAGUCUUUAAUUUAAUCCAACUUCGGUCAUGCCACAUGCUAAUUGACUUGAGGAAGAAACAACUCCUAAAAUUUUAAUUUAACUCAUUAAUUCAAUCAAGGCAUAAUAGGAUUUUUUAAAACAAGUACAUUUCUUCAGCAUAUAUUUGGAUUCUUCUUAACUCCUCUAUGUGUCCAAGUUGCUUGAUAGCAAAAAUAACCUCUGGGGAAAAAAAUUGUCUUUAUUAGACUCUGAAGGCUUAGAGACCAAGUGGUUCAAGAUUUUCUUUUCUUUAAUAUACAUCUUAUUUCACUGGCUGGCGCUCUGUUCUAUUUUUUUUCCCAAAGGAAUCCAAGUAGUUUGAGACCAAACAACAGGGGACUUUUAGAGUAUUUUUGAGAGGAAAAAUGAUUUUUGAUCAAAUAUCUGAAAUCUGAAAGGAUUAAAAUAUCUUGGCAUUUCUGGAGAGGGAUAAGAAGAAUCACUCCAGUAGAAAAACACGGCCUGCCUGUUUCUCCCUGUUUUCUCUUUGCUUAGAUAUUGUUUAAUGAAUUCAUACUGUAGGUAAUGGUUUCUUCUCUUUGCAGUAGUUAAUAAGAAAACGAUAAAAUGUGGUUUCAGUAUAAGCUACAAAUCACUCUUUGUGUUUCCCCUGAUUGUGUGUGUGUGUGUGUGUGUGUGUGUGUGUGUGUGUGUAAAGAGAAUUUACAUUGAUUAAUACGUGAGUAGAAAUUAUUAGAAUUUGAAGUACUAGAAGGAGAAGGACUGUAUUCUAAGACCAGUGGAUUGAUUGUAUUAGGGACCCAGAGGACUGUAAGGUAGCAUGUACACCUCUAAAAAUGGUGAGUUUCAGAUUGUGUUUCUCUUAAGUUACAGCCAUUUCUCUAGCAUUACAUGCGCUAGAGUGUUUUACCUACACUGGCACUGAUAUACCUCACAGUACAUGAUUGACUCUUGGUUCAGGAUUGCCUGAAACGUGAAGGAUUAAAGGACUCUACCUGUGAUCCAGGUCAUAU